UACAAUAUUAACGCCACUUGUUUAAUAUGGGAGGCGUACAAAGCGGACCUCACAGUUUGGGGGACGUUCACCUCGGCCGAGAUGCGUUGUGGGUGCAGGAGAGACUCCGUCACAAAAAUUCUCGUGUACCAGCCAGAGAGGGUGGUAGCCGUCAUGAACAACCCGGAGGGUCUUCUUCUUCGUCGUCAUCAUCGUCUACGAGGGAACAGCAGAAAUUAUUGAAGCGAACGAAAAGUUUGGCCGUUAUAUCAGAGGAGAAUAGAAUCGGUAAUAACAGACAAGCGAACUAUUACAGACUCGGCGAAGACGCUUUCAGAAGACAGCAAUUAAUACCGAGGGCCAAACUGAUCAAUCGACACUCGUUGAAGGACAGACUCUCUAAGAGCCAGCAGCAUCUGAGCAGUUCCUUUGAAGUAACGAACCCCAGGGUGCAACACCGGUCACGUUUGACCUCUGACACGUAUUCCGUGUCCGAUCCACACGUAUCUCUGCCAAAUUUCGUACAGCAAAAUCAUCGUCAAAAUAAUAAUCCCGAUCGACUCAACAUCCUCGAGUGGCCGGAGGCACCGAAACGGUACCAGAGUGUACAGAACUUAGACAACGUCUCGGGGCUCGUUGAAGUCGUCGAGGAAAAUUGGCCCAGCGAAAGAAAUAAGAGUAUCGAUUGUAUUUACACUCAGGUCAAACGGAAACGGAAGGAACACAGGAGCUUGGAUAGCGUGUUAUUCGAGGACGACAAGGAGCUGGAAUAUUUCAACGUUCUGGAUCUCCUGCCGUUGUCCAACGUUCGUUUGCAAUUCGAAGACAGAACUGGUUCGAACAACAGCUCGUCCAGACGGAGGGAUCACCACGUUGAUUCUCUCGAGAGGAAAUUCUAUCCGAGAGAAUUGUAUUCUCCGAAGGAUUACGAUCACUCGGACGAAAAUUAUAACGAAAUCGGGAUAUUGAGGGAGAGUAAUAAUUCGGGAAACAGUCGCGAUCCACAUCACCAGAGAGAAGAAGGACUGGAAGCAGACUUUGCAGAAGCUUUGAACGAGUCGAAGAUCAAAGAAGUUUGCGAAACGAACGGAAAAUCGUCGAACGGAGAUAAAAUCUGCGAAGCCCGUAACGAUCGGGAAUCGUCAUUGUCGAGAUAUGCGAAUAGGAUUGUCAAUUACCCCGAUCACGGUGAAAAUAAUAAGCAAGUUCUGAUCCUUGAUUCCGACGAAGAUAAGUUCAGAGCGGACGUGGCGGUUGUCAGGCCGGUCGAAGAAGCGGAGGAUUACAAGUCAAUUUGGAUAUCGGACUCCGACGAACCGUCGGAAGUUGAAAUGUCGCGAAGACCUCAAGUCAUGAAGGUAAUCGACAACGACGUUACCAAACGAAACAGAAACUCGACCGUCGAGGUUAGCGACGUAGUGGAAGUUAUGAAUUCAAUCGAUAAAGAAGUAGAUGAGAAUCCCGUGGAUUCGGGUCACCCGACUAACGAUCCGGAAAUUUCUUCUAACAACAAGACCGAUGACGCGAAAGAAGAGGCCAACGUCGAAUCUGUGAAAUCCUUCUUUGAAACAAAGAGCAGAGAGAACCGCGAGGCGAAAGUCGUCGAUCACACGGAAGGAAAAUUUGAAAGGAUAAUCAAAGAGACGACCAGUAUAUUCGGCAAGGCGUGCAACGCCGUCAAAGGAAGUCUCGGAUUCGAAGCGAGAUCCGAGAGUUCCGAUCUAGGAUUGGGUUCGGAGUCGGGUAGCGACACGCGAAGGCAAUCGAUGGACGGGGUGGAGGACGAGGUCGAAGGAAACGGCGAGAAAAUUUCAUCGAACAAAGACGAAAACGACCGCUCCGCUCUGUCUCGAUCAUUCAGUUGCUCGGAUCGCUCGGCGCAGCCUGAAAACGGACCCGAAUUCGAUCACAUCCGUUACAAGGUCAUGAAGUCCGAUUUGUUCAGUAAAAACAUGUUCGGGAGCAUGAAGAACGACCAGGCCUUCGACGGGCUGAUGCAAUACUUGCAAGAAUAUUCGUUCCACGAUCUUUUGGUGGACAAUAACGUGGUGAUAAUCGAACCGGUCAGGGCGGAAACCGUCGACAGAAGAUCGUCCGGGACAAACGGUGUGAAAACUAAGAACCCUUCGUCGUGUCGGAUCGCGGGAGCCAUUCAGAAAAAAUCGCAACAGACUAGGGACGCCGAAAAGAACUCCGAGAAUCAGCCGAAGAGCCCGAAGCAACCGACUCUGAGACGUCACUUCUUUUACCACCCCAUUCGCGUGAACAGAGAACUGAUAGACGACGAACUUCCGGAUCCCGACACGGUCAGAAAUGUCAGAAAAAUGUUCGAGGGAACUUUGAAAUUAAAGACACCGGACACGGCGUUUGCGCGUAACUGUCCUACCCGGAAAACAGUGAGUAUGAAGGACUUGACUCGGAUAGACGACAACUACGAGGGAUCCGACAAAGCCGACGAGUCGAGGAGUUCGAGUAGAGCAAAAGAUCUGACAAAGUUAUUCGAGAAUCAGGAUAAAAAUUCCGACGUUGGUACGUUGAAAGACGGCAACGAUAGUCCCAGGAGCGAAUGUAAAACGAGAUUGAUCGCUCAAGUUUUUGAAGCUAGAAGUGGACAAACCUCACCGAGCGACAGCGGUCUGUCGAAGCACAAAGGUAACCGAUACCAUCACAAUUGGGAUUCCGGAAGCGUGAGCAGCGGAGUGUCGAGCGAUUAUCCGGACACGGAUCCCGGCAGCGGUGUACAAUGCACGUCAUCGGAGGACGAAGAUGAGGCGAAUGACGAGGAUGAUAUCGAUAACGGACCCUCUCAUUUCGUCUCGCAGGACGUUCUUAAGAAGAUAAGAGAAUGCGGUACCUCGGUAACCUACUACGGAGGUAAAGUGGUCAACACCUGCAAUAGCCCUUUGAUAUCCCCGCCGAUCACUGGAAAGAUCAUAAAGGAGAUAUUGAAAAAUAAACCGAGGGAUCGGGAGGCGGCGGCCAAGGACUACGUCAAGUUCAGAUUGGUGAAGAGCAACUCCUGCGACAGCAGAUUGGAACUUGCCGGUAGAUUAGUCAACGAAUCCAGACGCGGCGAGAAGAUGUGUAAAAAAAAUGGAGAGACCGGCAAUAAGAUAAUCGGUAAGGAAUACCCGGCUAAAUCAGACCUGAGAAGUUGUCCGAUAAUGGAAAGUCUGAAUAUCGAGAUAGUCGGAACGGACGAAGCUCCGGCUGAACCACGAAUAAAAAACGAACCACCGAUCGUGAUCGGUUUGGAACCGAAGAGAGAAGAGUUCAAAGAACCCGAGAUAUUCAAGGCGGAAUUUAAACUCGGCAAAUUGGAAGACACCAAAUGUUACGCUAAUAAAUUUAACAACAGUGCUUUCAACCAGUGGCAAGUCAACGACAAAAUUCAAGACAAAAAAUGUAAAUUUGGAGAAAUUGAUUUCGAGGAGUUCGAAGUUUUGGAAGACAGUCUUAAUUCGAGUGUUAAGAAAAAUUAGAAUAAUAUUAUUACAUUAUCAUUUCAAAUCUGAUAUACAUUAAAAUCAAGUGACAGACGAAUCGAAUGAAUUGGAAAUAGUCAAAAUAUACGUACUUUUGCACGUGCCAAUGUGCAAUAUCAUUGAUAUUUAUAUAGUCAUACCAUAGAGAUAUAUAUAGGGGAAUACCAUAGAUGAUAUGUAUAAUUAUAUUUACUAAAAUGUAUGUUUCAAUUGAUCGUUCUGUAUAAAGUAAAAUUAUUAACUAUU